CCGUUAUGUGACAGGAAACGCUUGUUUAAAAUCAUUAUAUGCUUCAAACCAUUGUGUCUUAUCCUCCGAUACCCCCACAGCCAAACCGUUUCACCAGAAGAGAUAUUGUUUAGAGGGCGAUAGUGGCCAUCCACGAGGGUUGGAGAUGUUAUACCCCUACUAGUCCGCAACAGCAGUGUUCAUUUCCUCUUCAUCAUCAGAGCGCAUUGGACACAUAAUUUCCGGUUAAUCGUGUUUUCCGCUAGAAAUGGGAGAGCAGAAUCUGAAUCAAGGGGCGGCGACUCCUGGAAGCCAUGAAACUUCAUAUAUCCCUACUCAACCAUAUUGCUCUGGCCUCGAGACUGUCUGGACGGGCAUCUCGAACUCAUUGGAUUACAACCUGCUUCGAAACUUCGAGGCACCAACAUCUCACGAUUUCCCUAGCGGCUACUUAGCCUGUGAUGAAUUCUUUAAAUCACUCGGGCAAGAAAGCUUCCGUUCCGCUUUCAGGCUGAUGGAAUGGCAGUAUGAUCAACGCAGAGAGGCCCAAAUGAUUCUCCCAUUCCUUUACAUUGGACCGACAUCUUCAGCACGAGACCCUGAUUUUGUGAAACGAGAAGGAAUAACGUAUCUUCUAGGAAUUAGAGGCCCACUCCCUUACCACGCUCGCAUUGUCGAUGCAGAUAAAUGUGCUGCCAUGCAUGGCAUUGAAUCUGACAAUUUCAUCGUCGUGGAUGACCAAGAUCUUAUUAAAUCGCUGCCUGAUAUCAUUCGAGGAAUCAACGAACAUAUAUGCUGCUGUCCAGCUCACCACACAGGUGCAACCACCACUCCUGGGAAUGAUAUCAGAAGCAAACCAUGGAAAAAAGUCUUGAUUUUCUGCGAGACGGGGAACGAGCGUUCAGCAGCUGUCGCUAUCGCCUAUUUGAUGGCAAUCCUCAAUUACGAUGUUCAAACCGCCUUCAUCAAUGUCCAGGGUCGAAGACUCUGCUGCAAUCUCCCAGAAUCUUUGAAACGCGUGCUUCAAACGUUUGGAUCCAUCCUCGCCGCGAGGAGGGACGUCAUGAAAGCACAGGAUGCGAUCAACGGUUCCAAUGGAAGGACAACCAACACCGUGGGAUUUCCCAGCCCAAAGAAAAGACCGAUUGAUGCCACACGAGAGUUAGAGGAUAGUGUUUGUAAUUUUCCGGAUGUUGAAAUGCAGGCCUCCUUAGAUGACGAGCGCUUCGCGUCCAGAAGUCCUCAGCCUCCUUUUAGCGAUGCAGAUGGCGGAUAAUUCCAACCCUUGAUAUGUGCACAUUGCGAGCGAGCGAAUACACGCACAGCAACCUGCUAGGAAUCAUUGCUGUAGUAGACGGGUGUAACCGAGAGCGAUUGAAAACAUAUCACACAGGAAAUCGUCCCUUCCAUCCGCACUUUUCUUUAUCUGCUUCCAUGGAGCACAAAACACGGGUUUAUAUAUAGAGCAUAUGACGUUUGCUUGGGACUCUCUCUCGCUCUUGAUUUUUGUUGUAUACCAGGAAAUCGUAUUUUGCUUUUCCUUUUGCCAAACGUGAUAAGCGUCAGGCGUUUGGCUGCGUUCGGCUUUUGUCACUGCUUCGCUUCUUUCCGCUCGUAUUCCUUCUUUGUAUUAAUUUUAAUUGAUGCCCUUUGUCAAGAGGGAGAAUUCCUACUUGUCGUUGACAAUAUUGUUCAAAAACCCCCACCCCCCCAUACAUAAAAAUUCAAAAGGAAACCCUUUCAGAAAGCAUUUUCAAUAAAAUAUUUCAACUUUUC